AUGACCUUACAACACGACACUAUAUUGAGUGAACGAACAGUACAUAGGAUUUUGAGAAGCCAGGGACUAUACAGGCGUCAAAACCAAAGCGGGUUACCAGAUGUUGUUGAGGUAAUUUUACUGGAACUUUCCGGAACCGGACAGAAUGCUGGAUAUCGUCAAAUGAGACAGAGACUUUUGGUUCAUCAUGGUAUAGUCGCAACUUGUGUAACUGUGAGGCUUGCACUUAGUGUAAUAGACCCAAGUGGUGUAAUGCUUAGACAGUCUAAAGCACUCAGACGUCGUGUUUAUAGAAAUGCUGGCCCUAACUUUGCUAUACAUUUCGAUGGAUGGGAUAAGUUAAAACCAUACGGCGUGUCAGUGCAUGGUGGUAUUGACGGGUUUUCCCGACGACUGUUGUGGUUGAAAUGUUGUAACUCAAACAAAAAGCCUCAGUAUAUUGGUCACUUUUAUUUGGAGUAUGUUGAAGAAAUUCAAGGCUUGCCGCUGCGCGUGUACGCUGAUCGAGGUACAGUAAAUGUUAUUGUCCGUGACAUACAACAUGCUUUGCAUUCGAUGGACCCGCAUCAGUAUUUGGGGUAUAGCAAUUUUGUGUAUGUGUCGUCCACCAGGAAUGUAAGGAUAGAACGAUUUUGGAGGACAUUACGGGACAUGUGUGGGAACACAUGGAUGAAUUUUUUUAAGGAUAUGUGUGAUAUGGGGAUCCUAGAUACCACGGAUAACCUUCACCUGGAAUGUGUUAGAUAUUGCUAUUUUACUCUAAUAAGAAAAGACCUCAAUGAUGUUAUGAGUGUGUGGAACUCACAUCGGGUUAGGCAAUGUCGUUUUGCUGAAAGUCCAGCUGGCAAACCGGACGUUUUGUUUUACCAGCCGGAACUGUACGGUGCUAGGGAUUUUAAAGUUCCAUUGGCAAAUGGUUUGCAAGAAGUCAGAGAAAGGUUUUGUGAGAAUCCAUCCCAGAAUGGUGUAUCUGAAGAUUUUUUAAUUUUAGCCAGGAACGCAUUGACAGAGUUCGAUAUGGAGUACCCUGCUAGAAACAGAUUUGAAGCCACGGAAAUGUUCAUUGCAAUAACUGCUUAUGCUGACUGCUUGUAA